AUCUCAAAUCCACAGAUAUAAACUAGACCGUAGAAACCGUUGGUUCGAACAGGGAGUUACUGAUGUGAUUCUGUUUUGCUUCCCUCCCCACUGCAGCUAACGUUGCAAAAAAUGGAAAGCCAUAACAAUUAGUGCAGUUACAUUAAUUCUGUCGUAGUCAGUCAUACGACUUUGAUGUUGGAGAAUUUUCAGUCUGGAUGAAACUGAACAACAUGGCAGUAGAGCCUGGCAAGAUCAUCAAAUUUAAACAUGCCCUCCCACCAGUCAUGAUAUCGACCGCUUCGUACAACGGAUACCUCAUUGAAAAAACAGGGUCGCAUGGAAGAGGCACCGGGCAGGUGGUAUGGGCUAAACUUACGCGGAGGAACAAGCGCAGAGUGCUUGUGAACGUGUACACCUACACUACUUCAGCACCUGCUGACGGCACCUAUGUUUUACUGGAGUUUGUUCAGUCUGGAAAGUUCUUCUACGCCAGCAAAAACAACCCACAAAAGCUGCGUCUAAAGGAGGGGGACUGGGACCCCUAUUCAGAAAAUCCUGAAGACAUCUCGACAACUUCGGACCCGCGAGUGUUCCUGAUGAAACGGAGUGGGUCAGAUGUCGUGUUUACCCAUCACGGCUUUUCUGGUGCUGCCAUCUCCGUGUUUCCCAACCCAGAAAAGCCGGCUGAAAACAAGUCCGAAGGAGAGAAUGGACAACAUCUUAAACUUGUUACUCCGAAACUCCGCUGUUGCUCGGAUGGUGACUGCAUGGAGGUUGUGGAGUAACCACCAAACCACUGCAAGUUAGUCCAAGUGGCUGCCGAGCAUCAAGAUCAGCCGAGAUUUUUCUUAAAGUGUGUCGAUGUAGGUUAGACAUCCAGGUAAUAAGAUAUGCUAAAAAGCAGUUACUUAGUCAGUGUCACUGACGAAAACUGGUGGAUUCCAGUUGAAACAUCUGACCGUUUCCAAAAUAAUAUCCAGUUACUUGAGUAACUGCUUUUUGGUUAACGCUAUGUCACACUUAAUCGUAAGGUUCUUUAUGCACAGCCUCGAAAUUUUAACUUGAAAGUUCAUCUGUGUUGGUAGAAGUCAUUCUUGAAAUAGUUGAA